CACAAAUUCUCUCCAAUCUUCCUCACCUCCCCCUUUUCUGUUCGCGCCACCCGGUUUGUUUUCUCGCUUCUCUAAUCGCCACCCCCCCUUCACACUUAUUUUCAUCACGGAGUUUGGUUUCUUACGGAAUCCUCACCUGUCCGUUUGUUGUUCCCUGGGUCGAUUUCAGCCCUAUCCGCUCUUUUAUUCUUCAACAUCGGACGCAUUUGAUUGUCGUCCCCAUAACAAGGCUUUCGCAGUCCACACGCACUAGCUUCUAUUCUCGUCUUAUUUGGCAUUUCAAUCAUCACGGAAUUAUUUGUCUUGAAUGGUCUUGUAAUUCGUUCCCUCUCGCUUCUUUGGUUGUAGUUGCCUUCCUCUUCUAGAGGUUCGGUCGCGCCUCGUAUCUCUCAAUCAUGAGCAACGCGACAGCUACCACUCCUAGUCCCAGUCCCCCCCCUAAUCCCCCUCAGACUACCCUCGCUCCAACCACGCACAUAGAUACAAUUAUCACUACAGCCUCUGCCUCCUCACGGAGGGUCACAACUACCGUUAUAACCUCUACCUCAGUUCCGUCGGCAACAGCAUCAGCGCCACACUCAAAGAUCUCGCGACCGUCGUCUACAGGCUCAUUGACAUCCAGUUCGAGUUCUGCUUCCGACACAUCUCCAACAGCUGCUGUCACGGGUGGUGGGAGGAGUGGUGGCGGACUAAAUGGAACCACAAGGGUUGUUGUGGCGGUUGUGGUUCCGAUAAUUGGUGUCGCGUUAAUCGCGAUUGGAUUGUUGUUUCUUUGGAAGCAACGACAAAAGCGCAAGGCUGAUGCGGAAGCCCGAAGGAAAGAGGUGGAGGAAUAUGGCUACAACCCAAACCAAAAUCCCCACGGAGGUGCCAUCGCCGGAGCCGCCGCGGCUCGGGGUAUUGAUGGCGAACCUGGUCAGUAUGAGAUGGCAGAAAGCGAAGCCACCGGUUAUAGAGGAUGGGGAUCAACGAACGGUGGUAGAAAGUUAUCUGGGAUGGGUUCUAGCGUUGCAACCAGUCAGCAACCACUGUCGCCCGUUGGAAUGGGUUUUUCUGAGGGAGGAUAUAAUAGACCACUAGAAGGUCCUGAUGGGUAUGCUGGUGUCGCUACAUCUCCGAGCGCAUCGAAUUUUCCUGCAGGCAAUACACCCUCCACCGAUGGACACUCUCUUGCUCCUCUAAUUAACUGUCGUGGCAAUCCUCCUAGUACUGCAGAUUCUAGUGUUAUUGGCGCCAUGAAUGGGCCACAGACGGCGGAUAACUCGGAGGGGAUCCAUCGAGGAAUAUCUAAUGCAUCCUCCAACUAUUCUGCCGUUACACACUCGACAAAAUCCGAUCGGGGCCAGCCCCUCUCACACCACGAUGCCCAGUACUAUGGUGCGGAUGCCGUAUACGAUGACGGAUACUACUACUCUAAUCACCCGCCCCACCAAUACUCCGAUGAUGCGGGGUCUGCACAAGUGCCAGUGAUAAGGGAUGUCCAAGCAAGAAGGAACACACGCAUCGAAACUCCGACAAACACUCACUUCCCCCAGCAAGGAAAUACUGGUAGCGGAAUCGCGCAGAACUUUUGAAGAUAGGGAGGUUUAGGUGCAGUCUGCGUGACGCAAGUUCUUCCCUGUAUCGUCCGGUCUCAGUGUUCCAAAAGUUGGAAUGAUUUCCAUACUUUCAGUUUCACCCACCGAGGAGUAUCCUAUCUCUGUAGUUCCUUUUCUCGUACCACACUCAAUCUUCCGUCUUACUUGGAUACCCCACCUUAGCAUCCAUUCUCGGGGUAACUCAUUUUCUUGCAACAUUUAUUUUUCCGCUAUAAAGGCACAAAUUUUCGCAUCAUUUACCCUUUUAUGUCACUCGCCGUUCUUUCAAGCCUUUUCACAUUCAAGCGGGUUGUCACUACUGAUCUUACGUUACCUCCCAAUAUGAUUCAACUUUUUCUUGCAUGUUUUCGAUCAAUACCUUUUCCAAACCUUUAGUUGGGGAGGAUAUCUACCGGUAAUCUAAUGUUGGAACUACAUUCUUUUUCUAGUUUAUUUUGCUGUUCCCCA